AAAGAGCAAGAGUGAAGCGCUCAGGUGCCUCUCUCAUGACUGACUCGACCCAAGAGGACCAUGAAGAUACUUUCUUCAUACGUUUUCUUUGUUGUCCUUUGUGGUUUGGCGUUGUCCCAGCUCGAUAAAGACAGAAAAUGUUUGAGGGAGAAGGUCAUCACGUUCCCACAGCUGGCCACCAACACCUGGGUGAAGCUCCACCCGAAUGAAUCCAUGGAUAUGUCUGCAGCCACCGUGUGUUUGCAAUUCUACUCUGAACAAAUGAGUCUCGACCCAUGUCUAUUUUCUCUGGCUACACCAUCGUACCCUCAAGACUUUUCUUUACGUUGGUUAAGUUUCAGCAAACAGUACGAGAUGACUAUUCAUAGCUUCAAGGUUCAAUUCGGGUUGGUGUUUAAAAAUAAUCAGUGGAUCUCAAUGUGUGCAACCUGGGAUGCCAACAGUGGUCUUGCACAGAUGUUUGUGAAUAAAGUAGCCAGCUUUAAGAAGGAAGUGGGCCCAAAAGUAUCUUUCAAAGGAGAUCCUGUCAUAACACUCGGCCAGUUUCAGACCCAAUAUGAUGGAGGGUUCGACCAACACAAUGCCUUCACAGGUUUCAUAGCAGAUGUGCAUGUACACGAACAAGUCCUGACCAUCCGUCAGAUUAAGACCUACAUGGAGGCAAAGACCAGAUACAAACUUGGUAAUUACAUUAACUGGCACAAUCUGAUGUACUCCAUUGCUGGGUCUGCACAAGUGGAAGAAAAGCAUCAAGUAACAUUCUAUAGCAAAGAAGAGCAGCAAUAGUGCUCUGUUGUACUGAACUGUUGUUGUAAUGUCAUGAGAAAUGAAUAAACAUCUUGAUAGC